CCUCUAUGCCAAACCACCAAACCACACCCAGCAGAUCUGCCGGACCCUGUAGCUUUGCUGUGCCUGGAAGAAAGUCCGUAAGAUGGUCCCCUGCACCAACAAUUUGCCGAUCCACGACUCUCUCUCGGACAUUUAAUUCGAGCUUCUCUUCUUUCUGCUUUUUCUCUUCUUCUACACAAUGCUCUUUGCGAGAACGACUACUACUCUCUUUACACGCUCUUUUAUCUCAACCCAAUUACGCCAUAAUAGAAUAAUAGGUCUGAGAAUGGCAUCCACAUUACCACGCCUCCCAAUCUUCGAGGCGAUCGCAGCACACGACCCCAAAUCCACCGUCGUGGUGCAUUCCGCCAGCGGCCGAAGCCUCACGUACGGGGAGCUGCUGAGCGAUGUCGCGGAGCGGAAGGAGAGGCUCUUGGUUGAGUCCGGGAGGAGUGAUGGGAUUCAGGGCGAGAGGAUAGCUUUUUUGGUCGAGAAUAGUUAUGACUAUGUAGUGACGCUGUUAAGUAUUUUGGGGACGCAUUCGAUUGCGUUGCCUCUUUCGCCGGCGUUUCCUCCGCAUGAGUUGCAGUAUAUCAUGGAUCAGAGCCAGGCUUCGAUGCUAUUGUCCUCGAGCAAGUUUGAGAAGCAGGCGUUGGAUGUUUAUAAAGAGGGGUUGCAGGGAAGUCCGAAGCAUGUUAAGCUGGAGAAGAAGCUUGGUGGUGGGGACUAUGAGGAGGUUAAGCUCGAGGGACCUACAGAAGGUGCUGGAGGUAUGAUGUUAUAUACAUCUGGGACUACGAAUCGACCUAAAGGCGUCUUGUUGCCAACAGCAGCAAUGACAGCACAAGCCAAGUCCUUAAUAACAGCAUGGGAUUACCGUCCAACAGACUACCUCCUUCACGUCUUACCACUCCAUCACAUCCACGGCACCAUUAACGCUAUCUUCGCACCCCUCUUCGCUGGCUCAACCAUCGAAUUCCUCUUCCCGUUCAAUGCAACCGCAGUAUGGAACCGCUUCGCAGCCCCUUUCCUCCCCACCACCAACGGCCACUCUCAAACCAACGGCACAACCCUCACAAACGGCCACUCCACCUCACCCUCUCCCUCUCCCUCACCUAUAACAUUCUUCACCGUCGUGCCGACAGUCUACAAUCGCCUCCUCGCCACGUUCCCCACCCUGCUCCCACACACCCAAACCGCUGCCCAAAAAGCCAUCUCCCCCUCCCACCUCCGCCUCAACAUCUCCGGUUCCGCCGCGCUCCCGACCCCCACCAAAAAAGCCUGGGAAACCCUCUCUAACGGCAACAUCCUCCUCGAACGCUACGGCAUGACCGAAGUCGGCAUGGCCCUCUCGUGCGGCCUCCCAUUCUCCACCCGCGUCGACGGUUCCGUCGGCUGGCCGCUCCCCGGCGUCGAAGCCCGACUCUACGAAUCCGAAAGCAACUCCAUCAUCCUCCCCGGCGAGGAAAUUGGCCCAAAUGGAAAAGAACGAGAUGGUGAGAUCCAGUUACGCGGUCCGGGAUUAUUUGCCGAGUAUUGGGGCAACGAGGCUGCGACGAAGAAAGAGCAUAUUGAGGGCGAGGACGGUAAAGGGCGUUGGUUUCGCACGGGCGAUGUUGCGGUGAGGAGGUUCGUGGAGGGGGUCUCGGAUACGACGGGGAAGGGGCCGAUGUAUUUCAUCCAUGGCCGUCUGUCGUCUGAUAUCAUCAAAUCUGGCGGCGAAAAAGUAUCCGCGCUCGAAGUUGAGCGGGAAUUACUUUCUCUGCCGCAAGUGUUGGAAUGUGCCAUUGUAGCAGUCUCCUCGGGUAACUGGGGCCAGAAAGUCGGGUGCGUGAUUGUGUUAAGGGAUCCGGUGACGGGGGGCAGGAAGGAGGGGGUUUGGGGACCGUUGGAUAUGAGACGGGCGUUGAAGGGCAGGUUGGCGGGGUAUAAGAUUCCGCAGGUUAUGAAGGUUGUGUCAGGCAUAGAGAGAAAUGCUAUGGGGAAGGUUAAUAAGAAGGUUUUGGUGAGGAAGUUGUUUAGGGAUGAGAUGAGUGGGGAUGAGAUGAGUGGGGAUGAGAAGGAUUUGUAGGAUAGGGGAUAGAGGUAGAGUGUAUAACACGCUAUAGACUUGUAUAUAUGAUUAGACAAGAAAAAAGAACCGCAUCUACCACUCGACCACAAAUACAAAUAUAUCGAGAG